GUGAAGCAACAGCAACAACAACAGCAACAACAGUAGCAACAACAGCAGCAGCAACAACAACAGUAGUAGUAGCAACAGCAGCCACAUUCAUCACUCCUUGUCUACUCCCAACUUUUUUUUUCCACUUUGAAGCUUCUUUAAGCUUUUCCUACCACUUGUUCGGCAAAAUUAUACCAGUUUCUUGGGUGCAAGAGGAUCAAUGCAGAGCAACAACGGAAUGGAAUAUCCAAAGGUGCAUCGUGAGGACACUGUUGAAGAAUUGCAUGGGAUAAGGAUACCAGAUCCAUACCGAUGGCUAGAAGAUCCAGACUCUGAGGAAACCAAGGCAUUUGUGGAUGCUCAAAAUGCCAUAACACUGCCAUACCUAGAGAAAUGCCAUGACCGGGAGAGGAUUAAAUCAAAGCUAACAGAACUGUGGGACUACCCGAAAUACUCUUGCCCAUUCCGCAGAGGAAAUAGAUAUUUCUUUUUCAUGAAUACUGGUUUGCAAAACCAAAGUGUGAUGUAUGUUCAAGACACACUAGAGGGAGAAGCUAAGGUAUUUCUUGACCCAAACAAGCUGUCAGAAGAUGGCACUAUAGCUAUAUCAGGUUCUGCCUUUAGUGAAGAUGGUGAAAUUUAUGCCUAUGGUCUAAGCAGCAGUGGCUCUGACUGGAUAACUGUACAAUUUAAGAAGGUAUCAUCAGGAGAGGACUUCCCAGAGGUUCUUGAGAAGGUCAAGUUCUCCAGUCUGACUUGGACCCAUGACCACAAGGGGAUAUUUUAUGGGGUUUGUUUUUUAACACUACAGUCUUCUCCCACUGAGGCAUCUUUUUUGAAGUACCUCCACUACCUACACACACUUUUCUUUCCUUCCAUUCUGACCUCUUGUCUGUCUUUGUUUGUAUUUCUAAUUAUUCUCAUCACCUUUCUUUUGUCAGUAUUUAUUUUUAAUUGGCAGUAAUGUUGUCUAUGGUAC